ACCCCUUCAAGUGUUUGGAUAAAAUAUAUUUCCGCCAGAGGGCGAUCGCAUCGGUAUUGAUGUGGAAAAAUGGCACCGGCACGACAGAGAAUUCUUGCCCGCAAUCACAGUGAAAAUACUCAGGGAAAAAAGCCACCGGGAAGAGCGAAAGGCGGCGGGAAAAGUGGCAAAGAGGACAAAGGAAAAUUCAAUCUGAAAUCUUUUUGGAACUCCGCGAGAAAAAAAGAUGCUCCUCCCGUGGCCUCGACCAAGUUCUUGAUAUUCGGUCACGAUUCCGCCAUCAAGCUCUUCUUCACCACUCGCUUGUUCGCCGCAAUUUGGUCUCACAUCAGCGACUGCGACGAGACGUUCAACUACUGGGAUCCACUGCACUUCAUGAUCUACGGAAAGGGUCUCCAGACGUGGGAAUACAGCCCAGAAUUCGCUCUGCGCUCUUACACAUAUCUCAUGGCGUGCGGCCUGCCGGCCUGGUUCUACAACAGCAUCUACAUUCCCAAUCCCAUCCUCAUGUUCUACUUCGUGCGAUGCAUCCUCGGAAUUGCGUGUGCAAUUGUGGAGUUUCACUUCUACAAGGCCGUGUGUCGGGAGUUCGGGAUUCACGUCGGGCACGUGUGGCUCAUCUUCCAGUUCUUCAGUGCGGGCAUGUUCAUCUCGUCCACGGCUUUCCUGCCGAGCUCGUUCUCCAUGUACUUGGGCAGCGCUGCCUUGGCGGAGUGGUGGUUCCAGCGCUACAACUCCGCUGUCUUCCUCACAGCGAUCUCGGCACUCCUGGGAUGGCCAUUCGCCGGCGCAGUGGGUCUUCCAAUCGCCCUCGACAUGAUCUUCCGGCAGAAGAUGAUCAAGAACUUCCUCCUGUGGACGCUCAUCUCGGCCGCGACGAUCCUCAUCCCCAUGACGCUCAUAGAUUCCUCGUACUUUGGCCGAAUCGUCGUGGCGCCCAUCAAUCUUGUCAUCUACAACGUCUUCUCGUCCCACGGGCCAACUCUCUACGGAGUGGAAUCCUUCAAGUACUACCUUAUUAAUGGAUUCCUCAACUUCAACAUCGUGUGGCUUCUGGCUCUGGCCACGCCAAUUCUCCUGAUCAUUUGCCACUUCUUCGUGCCGGCAAAGUCAAAAAGCACUCUGAUUUUGCCUCACUGGCUCAGCUUGGCACCUUUCUAUCUCUGGCUACUGAUCUUCUGGCCACAGCCGCACAAGGAAGAGAGAUUCCUCUUCCCGAUCUACUUGCUAAUCAAUCUCUGUGGAGCAAUUUCGCUGGAUGUGAUUCAGAAAGUGUACUUCCGCAUCAAAGGACUGCUCAAGGGCUUCAAGCCGGGCACUCACUACUGGGAUGAAUCCACUCUCAUUGCCGGCAUCUUCAUAGCCAUUGCUACGCUCCUGGGAGUCUCUAGGAUAUUCGCUCUCUAUCGGAACUAUCACGCUCCGAUUAAUCUCAUGAUAGAGUUCAACAAUCUGGCCAAAGACAAAACCCUGCACAUCGAAGGUCCCGCCAACGUGUGCUUCGGCAAGGAUUGGUACCGCUUCCCCAGCAGCUUCUUCCUGCCCUCGGCCAACUACCGCGUCCGCUUCAUCGAGUCCGAGUUUAAAGGCAUGCUGCCGGCCUACUACGAUGAGUCCGGCAACGGCACGCAAACCAUCCAUCCGUACUUCAACGAUCGCAACGAAGGACACGAAUUCAUGCUCUUCGACUACGCCAAGUGCCACUUCCUCAUCGAUCUCGACGUGGGCAGGUACACAAGUCUCGAGCCGAAUUAUCUGGAGAGGGACAAGGAGUGGAGCAUCCUCACACAGCUGCCCUUCGUCAAUGCCGAGAAGUCGCACAGCGUCUUCAGGGCCUUCUACAUUCCCUACUUUAGCGAUAAAUACGUGGAAUUUGGCUCGCUGAACCUCCUCAAGAGGCGGAAGCUGAAAUUCGAGUGAGCUUAUAAGCAAUCUCUGCCCAUCUAGUCAGGAUCUUCAGUGUCGUGUGCAAACUUUUAUAUCGUGAGUAGCAAAUAUAUUAUUAAAUCAAU